UUUUUCUGAUGUAAAGGUCCAAGCCCCCCUCCCAGCGAUGGAUGACGUGCACAUCAUCACUCAGUUUGUUUAGAUAUUUUGUCUUUAACAUGAACCAGUUUUUGUCGGAUCCAAAACUGCAAAAGUGCUGUAGAUUCAUUAAUACAGGCAAAUAUUUUACUAGAUAUUUUUUCUUGUAUAUUUCAUGUUCAAAUAUUUACAGCUACACUACAUACACAUAUAAGCAGCAUUUCACUUGUGAGAUAAUCUUUCUGAUCUUUUACGUUAUUCAUAAGACUUGUAUGUACAAUACAUUUAAGUAGAGGCAUAAAGUAAAAAUUAGACAUCAACAUCUAGCUCUGCUGCAUAAUUAUUUCAUUAAAAAAAAGGAAAAUAUAGAUUCAUUUUAGUCAGUGAUACAAAAGACAUACAGAUUAAGGAGUGCUGUCUUGCAGAACAACAUAGAUUGUCUUUGUUAUGGUGUUUGUUUUUGAAUAUGUUGUUUUUCGCAGGGUUUGAACGUCUGCCCGGUCAGCAGUUGAGAGGAUUGUACAGGGGAACACUGAAAAAUGUGCCUGCUGGCGGCCUGCACACGAAGAUGCUACACGGUCACACAACUAUGCUACCUGAACCCUUCUUGCAGCAUCCAUUCCUCGCAGCUGGACAGACAAACUACCUUUACGGUAGAGCAAACAUUUACAGUACAGAAGAAAUGAGACGGCAGAUGAAGCAGCACUAUCUUAAUGUGGUGCACGCAUACAUCCAUUCAGGUCAGAGUGACACCUGCAGGAGAGAGUGUGGAGAUUAUCAGCGUAGAGAAAACGGCACGUUGACAAAGGAUGGAGGGAAGGACAUGACAAGGUCAAACAGGGGACAAAUGCAGAGGAAAAUCAAGAAGAGAGUUAAUUCUGGGGUCAUUCUUCCAAAAAUAGUAAACAGAUGACAGCAGAGUGUUGCAUUUUUUUACCGGCCUCAAAGACAACUUAUAUAAGUUGAUUAUUGUAUUGAAACCAGUUCAGUUAUUAUUAGAAUAUAACGUAUCUCUUACCAACUCUGUGUGUGCAGUAACAAGUGUGUUUUAAAUAACAUUGCACAUUAUAACACCGGUUUUCAAUGUGCUAUCAUUUCUAUGUGUAAAAGUU